AUGAACUUGGAUGGCAUGUCUCGCAUUUUCGAGGGUCGGUGUAGCUGCUUGGAAUGGAUUGCUUCUGUGGUGCCCAGUGCAGCGCCGAGUCAACAGAAGCGGACGGACAGUAACGGAAGUGUGUUCGGAGAUGCUGUCAGACGAGAGCUCCCAUCCCACCAAGGGCCCGGGAUACUAUUGCUCAACGGCAUCACCAGCCGUGCGUAUGAUGGUCUCCGACAAUGCACAGGUGGGGUCUGUGUCUCGUACUGGCAACGAUCGCCCAGCGAGUUUACAUUGUGGCUGACCGGAGCAGAAUCCUCAGUGGGCGCUUGCGGAGGAAAAUGGCGCACACGCUGA